GGAGUCUACCCCUCGCCUAGGCCGCCCGGGGCCGCGGCCGUGGGUCCCUCACACCCCAGGGGCGGAGCGAGACGCGGAGACGUCAGGGCGGAGAUCAAGCGCUGGGCGAGCGCGCCCUCCCGGCGGCUGCCCGCGGCCCACGUCUCCGACUGGCGCGGCCCGCAGCCGGGAGAUGCAGGGAGCGGCGGCGCUGGGGCGCAGCCAGGCGGCCGCGCGGACGGGGGCCAGAGGCUGAGCUCGGGGAGCCAGCCGCGCGCACAGCUCUGCCCGCCACCCCCGGAGCGGAUCCCUGGCCGCCCCUCGGCUCUCCACAGGGUUCUAGCAGAGCCCCCACCCCCCACCCCGGGGUGCCCAUCAAUUUCCUUGGGUGACUACAGCGUGUGUUUUGUUUUUCUUUCUUCUUUCUCUCCCCGUGUGCCCUUCUCCAGGAUGGCAGAGGCGGAAUUGCACAAGGAAAGGCUGCAAGCCAUAGCAGAAAAAAGAAAGAGGCAGACGGAAAUAGAAGGCAAGCGCCAAGAGCUUGACGAGCAGAUACUUCUGUUGCAGCAUUCUAAGUCCAAAGUGCUUCGGGAAAAAUGGCUGCUGCAGGGUAUACCCGCUGGAACUGCCGAAGAGGAGGAAGCCAGGCGGCGGCAGUCUGAGGAGGAUGAGUUCAGAGUCAAACAACUUGAAGAUAACAUUCAGAGGCUGGAGCAGGAAAUACAAGCCUUAGAAAGUGAAGAAUCCCAGAUAUCUGCCAAAGAGCAAAUCAUUCUAGAGAAACUAAAAGAGACAGAAAAAUCCUUCAAGGACUUUCAGAAGAGCUUCUCCAGUACGGAUGGAGAUGCAGUAAAUUACAUUUCCUCCCAGCUCCCCGACUUGCCAACCCUCUGUUCACGAACAGGAGAACCAUCACCUGGGCAGGACGGGACCAGCAGAGCAGCUGCUGUGUACGCCAUGGAAAUUAAUGUGGAGAAAGACAAACAAACAGGAGAGACCAAGAUUCUCUCUACAUCCACCAUUGGCCCAGAGGGGGUCCAUCAGAGAGGAGUCAAAGUCUUUGAUGAUGGUACCAAAGUAGUGUAUGAGGUGCACUCAGGAAGCACCAUAGUAGAAAAUGGAGUUCAUAAAUUAAGCUCAAAGGAUGUAGAAGAGCUUAUUCAGAAGGCUGGACAAUCAAGCUUAAGAGGAGGGCACGUGUCAGAAAGGACUGUGAUUGCAGAUGGAAGUCUCAGCCACCCUAAGGAACACAUGCUCUGCAAAGAAGCCAAGUUAGAAAUGGUCCAUAAGUCUAGGAAAGAUCAUUCUUCUGGGAACCCAGGGCAGCAGGCUCCAGCCCCCAGCACUGAAGGGCCAGAGGCAAACUUGGAUCAGCCAGUCACCAUGAUUUUCAUGGGCUACCAAAAUAUCGAGGAUGAAGAGGAGACUAAGAAGGUGCUAGGCUAUGAUGAAACCAUCAAGGCUGAGUUGGUCCUCAUUGAUGAAGAUGAUGAGAAGUCAUUGAGGGAGAAGACAGUAACAGACGUAUCCACUAUUGAUGGGAAUGCAGCUGAGCUGGUGUCCGGGAGACUCAUCUCAGACACCACAGAGCCCUCAUCCCCUGAAGGGAAGGAAGAGAGCCUGGCCACGGAGCCAGCCCCAGGAGUCCAGUGGGAGAGUACACUGUUCACAGGAGGUGACAUAGUCUUCGAAGCCACAGAAACAUCCAGCGCAGACAUGACUAUCAAGAAGCCUCCUGAGCUGUCUGAGGAUGAUAUCCGGCUGAAAAGCGAGAGAGAGAACUAUAGUGCCAACUCCCUGGAGCCUGCCACCAACUCUCUUCCUGCAGAUCACAAAACCAUGGAAAUUGAGGUCUCUGUUACAGAAUGUAAGAGUGUGCCCGGAAUCACCUCCACUCCGCAUUCCUUGGACCACCCCUCCCCUUUCUACUCGCCCCCCCACAAUGGCCUCCUCCCUGAUCACCAUGAAUCUCUGGAUAACGAUGUGGCCAGAGAGAUCCGAUAUCUAGACGAGGUGCUGGAGGCCAACUGCUGUGAUUCUGCUGUGGACGGAACUUACAACGGCACUUCCUCCCCGGAGCCUGGAGCAGCCGUCUUGGCAGGCAGCUCAGGCCCACCCGCGCACACGGCCCUCCAGCUGGAGCCCACGGAGAGAGUGGCUGGCAGGCAGGCGCCACCUCACAUUGAGCUCCAUCAGAGCAACUCUGACACCAUGGCAGAGGGUGGAAGGGCCAAUGGCCACUCCCCCGAGCAGCCCAGAGACCUGCCGGGUGACAGCCUCCAGAUGCCCUUGAGCCCCAGCUCCUCCACCAGCUCACGGGGUUCCUCCCGAGAUGGGGAGUUCACCCUCACCACGCUGAAGAAGGAAGCUAAGUUCGAGCUGCGUGCCUUCCAUGAGGACAAGAAGCCCUCCAAGCUCUUUGAGGACGACGAGAAUGAGAAAGAGCAGUACUGCGUCAGAAAAGUGCGGCCUUCGGAAGAGAUGAUGGAGCUGGAAAAGGAGAGGAGAGAGCUCAUCCGGAGUCAGGCUGUGAAAAAGAAUCCUGGCAUCGCGGCAAAGUGGUGGAACCCUCCCCAGGAAAAGACCAUCGAGGAGCAGCUGGACGAGGAACAUCUGGAGUCGCACAAAAAGUACAAGGAGCGCAAGGAGAGGAGGGCACAGCAGGAGCAAUUGCUGAUGCAGCAGCAGCAGCAGCAGCAGCAGCAGCAGCCACCACCCUGUGCCACCCCUGCAUCCUCUCGAGAACCUUCCAGCUUGACUGAAAACCCAAAGGAAGACAUCGUCACGGAGCAGAUAGAUUUCUCUGCAGCCCGUAAACAGUUCCAGCUGAUGGAGAAUUCCAGGCAAACAGCUGCCAAGGGCCAGAGUACACCCAGGCUCUUCUCCAUCAAGCCCUUCUAUAGGCCCCUGGGGUCAAUCCACUCAGACAAGACGCUAACCAUCUCCAGACCGGCCUCUUCGGGGGGAUCUCCUGAAGAGUCCUCCGCAGCCAAGGGACAGAAAGCCCACUGUGCCCCGGAUAGCCAGUCUUCUGGAGAAGGAGGAGGGGGCCAGGGCAGCACUGCUCCUCAGGCGAAGGAAGGGCCAUACAGCGAGGCCUCCAAACGCGGGCCCUUAUCCAAACUGUGGGCCGAGGAUGGAGAGUUUACGAGUGCCCGGGCUGUCCUCACUGUGGUCAAGGAUGACGACCCCGGGAUUCUGGAUCAGUUUUCAAGGUCAGUCAAUGUCUCUUUGACCCAAGAGGAGCUUGACUCUGGUUUGGAUGAGUUGUCGGUGAGGUCCCAGGAUACCACGGUCCUGGAAACCCUGUCCAAUGACUUCAGCAUGGACAACAUCAGUGACAGUGGGGCCUCCAAUGAGACAGCCAGUGCCCUUCAGGAAAAUUCGCUCGCCGAUUUUUCUUUGCCCCAGACUCCCCAAACCGACAACCCAUCCGAGGGCCGAGGGGAAGGCGUCUCCAAGUCGUACAGUGAUCAUGGUUUCUAUUCCCCUUCGUCCACCCUGGGAGACUCACCUUCAGUUGAUGACCCCUUGGAAUAUCAGGCGGGCCUCCUGGUGCAGAAUGCCAUUCAACAAGCCAUCGCCGAGCAGGUGGACAGAGCUGCGUCCGAAACCGACAAGAGGAGAGCAGAACAGCAGGGACCUCAGGCCAGUGCAGAGGAAGCUGGAACCAGGGCUCCCAGCUCAGAGAAGCCUCAGGGCAUGUUCGAACCACCUCAGGUGUCCUCUCCUGUUCAAGAGAAAAGGGAUGUAUUGCCAAAGAUUCUGCCUACUGAAGACAGGGCGCUCAGGGAAAGGGGGCCCUCCCAGACACUGCCGGCAGUGCAGCCCAGUGGCCCCGUAAAUAUGGAAGAGACCAGGCCGGAAGGGAGCUACUUCAGCAAGUACUCGGAGGCGGCUGAGUUAAGAAGCACAGCCUCGCUCCUGGCCACUCAAGAGUCCGAUGUGAUGGUUGGGCCCUUCAAGCUGAGGUCCAGGAAGCAGCGGACUUUGUCCAUGAUUGAAGAAGAGAUCCGAGCUGCCCAGGAAAGGGAAGAGGAGCUGAAGAGGCAGAGGCAAGUCUUGCAGAGUACCCCAAGCCCCAGGGCAAAGAAUGCCCCAUCACUGCCCUCCCGAACACCAACACCGUGCUACAAAACCGCUCCAGGGAAAAUAGAGAAAGUCAAACCUCCUCCAUCCCCCACACCUGAAGGUCCCAGCUUGCAGCCUGACUUAGCCCCCGAAGAGGCUGCCGGAACGCAGCGGCCCAAGAAUCUGAUGCAGACCCUCAUGGAAGACUAUGAGACACACAAAUCUAAAAGGCGCGAGAGAAUGGAUGAUAGUAGUUACACCUCUAAGUUACUGUCUUGCAAGGUGACUUCCGAGGUCCUUGAGGCCACACGUGUUAAUCGAAGAAAGAGCGCCUUGGCCUUGCGCUGGGAGGCGGGGAUCUAUGCCAACCAAGAAGAAGAGGACAAUGAAUAAUCAACUUCUUUCCACCCCAGGAAGCUUCUUUGGUGCUUGGGUUCCCAAGAAACCAAGAAAUCAACACAUCGAAGCAUUUUAAUACAGUAUUUAUUAAAGUGCAAACAAACUCAGCAAUCCUUGUGUAGACCAGACGCUGCAGUGUACAAUGAUGAACAAUAAAGUGAAAGAAAAAAGUCCACCCAUCAAUUCGAACUCCCAGGAGUCAAAAGAGAAAGGAUUUUUUUUGGGGGGGGAGGGGGCCCUCAAAGGAUCGCCUGGGUUUAAACUGAUCCACAGUUGAUCCAAAAGGACAAAGAAGCUACAAGCAAAUCGACGUGGUUGCUAUGGGCAGAACCAAGACCAGCCUCGCUGGGUGACGAGGACAACCAUGGACACAGAGCCAUUUGGAGAGCCGCCGAGCUGGCGCCAUCCACCCGGCAGAGACGUCCCCACGCCUACACCUGUUUCCCACCCAUCACAGCAUCAGAGGUGUUGGGCUAACUCCGUUUACUCCAGCAGCCAUAAAAUGAAUCAUGUUUCUCUCUUGAUUUUUGCCCAGAAGAGGCAGUUAUGAUUCCAUGUUUCUUCUUUAAGUGUUUUUAAUUGGGCUCAAUUGAGGAUCACAAUCCAUAUUUUGAAGACAAUAUUUCUUCACGUUGCAGACACAAUCUGUUCUACAUUAGGAGGUUGAGAAAGGGGGAGAAAGCCAAACCAAAUGGAUUCUUUUAGCUUUAGGAUCUUGUCUGCUUAGGAUAUUGACAGAGCUGCAAUUUAUGAGAAUACAUUUUCACAAUUCUGUUUCUUCCUAUGAAAACUAUAUUUAGCGGGCAACGACUAUUUUUGUGAUGGGAUGGGGGAAUAUAUCCAUGUAUAAAACCUGUAACAUUGGACAGCUUGGUUCAAGAGGGGAGGGGUAUUUUUAGAGCGGCGGUAAUUGGAGGGAAAAAAAAAAAGGCGAACUCUGCCUUUGAGAGGUAGAUGACAAGACAUAAAAAGGUGUUUAUAACUAUAUUUUAUAUAUAAAUCGGACCUUCAAGGGAGUAGGAAGAAUCAUAGACUAUUUUGGAUCAAUCAGAAAGGAAACAGUAAAGAAAGCUCAUGAAAGGUAGAGAAGAAGGGAAGGAGGGAGAGUGGGAUAAAAAGGAAGGGAGAGAUAUUAUUUUUGAUGAGCAACCAGUGUUUUUCAGGAUGAUACAGAGAAAAAUAUAGAAUAGAAAUUUAAGUGCAGGCUUAGGAUGAGCUACAAAUUCUAAAGACGGUGUAUGUCUGUGUGUGCGUCUGUGUAUUUGUGAGUAUACACAUGCCUUUGUGGGUUUGCAUAAAGCAUGUGUGUGCUCACAAGUAAGGAUGUGUGUGUGUAUGUGAGUGUGUGUGUGUGUGAGAGAGAGAGAGGAUUAAAAAUUCCAGAAUGAUCAUGGGACAAGGAUGUUCACUUAUUUCCUCUGAAGCUCUUUGCCAGCAUCAGGAAUGAGUGAGAAUUUCUUUUUUAUGAAAAGGCUAUAGAGGUUUCAAGCAGAUGCAGUAUUUGUAAUAUUAAGUUGACUUAACUCAUGUGAACUUGCAUGAGUCACAAUGGCAAAGUUUUGGGCAGUUUUGUAGUUUGGCAUUUAGAAAAGUACCAUAUUUAUUCUCAUGCUUCGUAUUCCUGCUUAGUAUACGCUAGAGGAUGCCAGUUUUACUCUUUCUGUCAUUUAAAGCAAUAUGAUAAGGGUAUUCAAUCCUUGCAUACCCUCAAUUUCUGGAUGAGAAAAUUUUCAGUUCUGGAGAAGAGGAAAAAAAAAAAAAAACCCAAACUGACCAGCCUUCUUCUUUUUUCCCCACUUGUUUUAAAACUAUAGGUUUUGAAAAAGCAAUAAGUCAGACAUUACUAAAAUCCUUUUUUGUUUUUAUAUUAUUUUGUAAGUGCUAAUACGUUAUCCUGACAAGUAGCAGUUCCACCUUGUACAGAGAUAUCAUGCGCAUUAUUUUUGCUCCUUUCAUUAGACGAGGGUCGACUUUAAAGGGAAGUUUAUUCCUCAAGAAGUGGUGGACAUAAAGUAGAAAUGGAACUGUCUGAAAGCUUCCAAGGAUCCUUUAAAACUGCCAAGGGAGCCUACAGUUUGAAGUCAAAUUCUACAAAUGGGUAGUUGGUGCUGUCUUUCAAUAGUUCAUUCUCCCGAACAUUCUGAAUGAAUAAAUCAACACAACAUGCUAUUGAGACUGGGGAUAUGAAACAAUAUGAUUCCCCGUUGGGAAUUCAUUUGCAGGUGGGGGAGGCUGGCAUGGGAACACACCUUCCCAGGAAAGUGAGAUCAGUGUUAGAUGAGGAGUCCUGACAGGUAAAACAGGGGGCACCCAGGAAGUAUGCGUUGCCUGAAGGUUCUUCAGCGUUCCCAAGGCAGGCAUAGGAAUGGGACCAGAUGGGGCAGCAGCUCCAGGGGACCCAGGGGCAGCUAGGAUACCUUGGAGAACAGAAUGGUUCUAGGGGUUGCACAAGAAAAUGAGACACGGCUCAAGAUUUCUGGACUACCCCUGGGUCUGGUAGUGACCAUGGACUUGGUAACAGAGGAACUCCCCAUCUUUUGCAAGAGGACACCGUCUUCAGGACGUCCCUGGAGUUUUUGGUUCUGUUUUGAAGGAAACCAUGUAUGCACCUUAUACCUAUGUUUGAGAAGAGAAUGGGCGGCUGAAAAGAAAGCUUAGGAGGCCAUGCAAUUCCUGGACUCGCUUUAGAGGCGGACCAAGUGGUAUCUGACUGCAGUUGAUUGACCCAGCCACGCAUAUGACACAGAGUUGCAGAGCGGGGCUCCUUUGGUCCACACUCCAAAUAGGAGCCCAAUGCAGCGUUUCUGUGACCCUCCCACAGUCCCAAAGCCGUUUAACUGUGGCCCCUACAUCUCCAUCAUUUGCUUGUUCCCUUCUGAUGACCGUCCUCAAUGUCCUCGCUCCACUCACUCAUAAUCCCGUUAAAAUGUAAAUUAAUCCCCUUGGAAGAAGGGCCAGGUUUUCUCUGUGCUCUUGAGAUUUUGUGUUUUUCUUUUUUUAGUCAUUGGAGGAACCUUGGGCCACGGCUGUGUACAUAGCACUGUGCUAGGCUCUUGGACCCCAAAUGAACCCCUUUAACGUUGUGAAGAGGCAGCAGAUCCUGGAGGAAAGUCAUCUCUACCUACUCCAUUGAGAAGAAGAGGCUGGUCCCCAACUUGGCCUCCGAGAUGCUCGUCCCUGCCCCCAAAUAGCACGCAAGCUUGUUAAUCUCAACUAGAACAAAUGUUUAGAUUCUGUAGAUGUUAAAAAGCUUUCCUGAAAGUAUUCGAUUCUGCAGUGUUUAUAGAUGCACACUUUCCUCCGGAAUUAACUGCUGACAUUCCUUGGCUUUCUCAUCCAGAAAUUAUGGAAACAGGGUCUGUCAGUGGCAGGAGGCUGGGCUGUGUCCUACAUGGAUGACACAGUGCUAUUUCCUCGCCUCUUUACACCCAUGCAUGCUGCCCACCCUAAAAAUGACAUAUAAACAGUAUAUAGAUCAAUGUCCACACAUGUACACAACACACACACGCACACACAAGGCGUAACAAACACUAAAACAGUGUUGACUCUUGUCUCUGAAGACAAAUCAAACAUUUUUUCCAACUAAAGAAUGGAUGUAAUUAAACUAUGUAUUGAAAAAAAAAAAAAUUAGCCUAAGUGUUUAGAGAUGGUGACUAUAUCCAGUUUUAGUGACAGAACCAAUUUCCUGAAUUUUAAGCCUUCAGUGAGUGAGCUGCCAAUUUUGAUUUUGUGUUGCUCUUUACCCAAAGGACUUUUUAAAUUUUUUUUUUCCUUUUUGGAGGAGGGGGGCAAAAAGCAGCAAUACUGUGUUUGAGAAUUCUACUCUGUAUCUGGCUCUCCUGUGUACGUUAACCACUUAAAUGUUAUUAUCCUGCUUCGGUUUUAUAGUGAUUGUGAGGCAUUCGAUGCAAGUAUACAAUUAUUUUCUCAUUAAAACCUGGUGUGUGUUGUGUUUUUGUAA